GUGGUUCGCAAAUGCGAGCUAAACUACUCGUAAUAUAUAAAUAUAUCUUGAUGCCUUUUUCUUAAGUGCUCGAUUUUUUAAAAUAAUAAAUAACCGACGUUUGGUUUAGUUUGUUUACAUGCAGUGGUCAAAAGUCUCACUUUAGUUUUAUAUCGGCACAAUUAGAAAACAACUUAUUAUAAUUUUUUAAUAUAUCACAACUGAAGAAUAGUAAAUUAUUGCUUAACUGAGCAAUAAACAAAAGUAAUUAUAGCAUACGAACAUACUUAUUCCAAAUAUGAAGCACGACGUUGGGUUGAAGAUAUUUGGAGAGAGGGUGGUGUUGGUCCCAUACAGGCGUGAGCAUGUCGCCAAGUACCAUGACUGGAUGGGUGACGCCGAGAUUCUCCACCUCACAGGAUCAGAACGUCUCACUCUUCAAGAGGAGUUUGAAAUGCAGAAGACUUGGGAGGAAGAUGCUGAUAGUACGGAGUGUACCUUCAUCAUCCUGAAUAGAGACUUGUAUGAAAAAUCGGCGGACGAGGUGCACAGCAUGGUCGGAGAUACUAAUUUAUUUCUAAAUUCCAAUGACGACAACCACGAUGAGACUGUUGGAGAAAUCGAAAUCAUGAUUGCUGAUAAAAAAUUUAGAAGAAAGGGACUCGCUUCAGAAGCUUUAAAAUUAAUGAUGGACUAUGCUCGUCAGAACCUAGGAAAGAGAAAAUUUCUUGCUAAAAUUAAACAAGAUAAUGAAUCCAGUAUUAAGCUAUUUGAGAGAUUAGGGUACAAGUUUGUGUCAAAAAGUGAUGUUUUUGAGGAAAUUACUCUAUUGUACGAAUAAAAUGACGUUGAAUUUAUGUAUUAUCAAAGCCA